AUGUCGAUGUUCCGGGCGAAGAAGCUCGACCUGGGCUGCUUCGUCAACGUCAAGGUCAUCCGCGACCACACCAAGCGGAAGGUGUACGAGAAGUUCGAGGCGGAGAGGGGUUUGCUGCAGGCACAGGAGAAGAGGAGCAAGCAAGCCCUCCGCUACAUCAUCCGCAACACGACGCUCCCGCCGCGCGUGCGCGCAGAGGCCCAGCUGCAGCUGACGCAGAUGCACUGCUACACGAACCCGACGCAGAUCCGCAACCGGUGCAUACUCGGCGGCAAGGGACGGGGUAUCUUUAGCGACUUCAAGAUGUCGAGGUAUAACUUCCGGCUUCAGGCUAUCGCGGGCUCUUUGCCUGGUGUGCAAAAGGCGAGUUGCAAGCUCUCUGCCUCUUGCGGCAGCCACAUCACCUUCCUUGCCUUCUCCUUUCUUACCAUAUCGGACACCCGCAACAUCAUCAAUUCCCAAUCCUGCGGCGAAAUCUGCUGCACCAGAAAUCCAAAGAUGUUUCGACGACGCUGGUCUGGUCUCCCAGAGGACCCUGUCUUCCCUACUGACUUGGAGAAACUCGGCUACUUCGUCGAGCCCAAGUCGGACGAGAUCCGCCUCAUUGCCAACCCGACCUACUACUUCAAGUACUUCAUCUCCAAGAACGCGCGUCACAACGACCGCCAGCGUUUCGCCUUCAAUACUGCCGUCCAGGCACAGCUCAUCCACCCGCGCCUCGAGGCCCUGGGCCUGGCCAAGCUGGCCCUGCCCCUCGGCGCCACGGACGCUGCCACCCCAGACGACGACGACGACAAGAAGAAGAAGCAGCCCCCUCACGUCCCCAUCUUCGUCUCUUCAGGCCUCAAGGACAAGAAGCGCGUGGUCGUCAUCUUCGGCGAGAGCGAGCAGGAGCUAGGAGUCAUCGCGCACAGGGUCAUCGGCGGGCCGGGCGGCGUGGACAAGGGCAGCAUGGUGGGCAUCGCCAGGGCGCUCCUCCAGAACAACAACAACAACAAUAACAACACCCAGGGCCAGGACCAAGGCCAGGACGACAGCAGCGGCCCCGGCCUCAUCCUCGCCAACACGGGCGAGCUCUGGUGGUGGCCCGAGGGCGGGCGGGGCCUCACGCCGCGCGGGUCCCAGGGCGCGCCGAUGCGCAGCGCCGUGCACUGGGGGCGGUUCCGCGACGCGCGGGUGAACGCCAUCCCGGGGAACGAGAGCGCGGGCGCGCACGUCGCCUGCGUGUUCGGCCAGGUGCUCGGCAACGCGGAGCUCGUGGCCCAGGACGCGGCCCUGCAGGUCGUCGGCGUCGGCGACGGCGCGGCCGCUGUGGAGCGGUUCCUGGACCGGAACUGGGCGCGCUGGGGCGGAGGAGGCAGGGUCGGGUGCCUGGCUAUGUUUGGCUCUGCCGUUGAGGAUGCCUCGGUACGGGAUGGGGGCUUCAGGAAGUUUCUGAGGGAGAAAGCCCGCCUCUACAUCACCUGCCAGGAGCCCGUCGGCACGCCCAUCUCUGGCCCGGACGGCAACGACAAGACCGUCCUCCCCACUGACUACGGCACCCACAUCUUCAGCUCCGGCGAGAAGUACUACACCGAGCUGACCCUCAUCAAGGCCAGAGACGCCCUCCUCGCCUGGCUGGCCGAGGUCGACCGUGUAGGCGCGGGCUAUGUCAAUCCUGAGGUGGAGGUCACGUAUGCCGACGAGCUGGUUGACGAGGCGCCUACCUGGGGCGACGGCGGUGGUGGUGCGUGGGAGGACCGCCCGGCUGAGUUUGGAGCUCAGAUGCGAACGCGCCAGGAGGACGAGGAGGAGGGUGCCCUGGAGAUCAUCAGCCGCGAGGAGUGGGAGGAUCGAAAGAGGAAGGAGGGCAAGCUGGAUGCCGCUGUCCCCGACAAUGUCUUUGUCGUCGACAAGCGCAAAGAAGAAGAUUAA